GGAACACAACCAAAAACAACCGCUGCCAAAGCUACUGAUGCCGCUACUCAGGACUCUGAAACACCUCCCACAAGUAUCAUUCUCGACUGCGACUUGCAGGGAGUUGAAGUGAUACUGGUUGAAAGUUCGGUGGAACCAGAAACUACGCAAGCCCUCAUUUUAUCCUUCAAUAUGAGAAUGAUUGCUAACCCUUCACCCACCGAGCAAGUCAUGAGAGGAGGAAUCGAGAAGCUGGCGGUGUUCAGUUCCUACUACGCCCCAGAAAGGAGAAAUGAAGUGACGUAUGAGGUGUUAAAACCAAUGAAUAUUGGUAUCGAAAUGCACAUAGAUACACCCACGAAGGCUACGAAUGUUGUGUUGAAAAUGUCACCAAUGGAACUGCGAAUGUCACCUUCCAUCAUCCGACUCCUGUCGGCCGUCAAUACGGAAUUUGCCAAAAGCAGUGCAGUUGUCCCCGUACCUCUUCUCUUCAUGCAAAUAUUGAUGAAUGCGGAGGCUUCAGGCUGGUCAUCCGCUUUGCAAGCUUCUGCCGACCUCUCGCUUCAAAUGUCCUAUUAUAACGAAGCCUUAAGCGUCUGGGAACCAGUCAUAGAGCCGGUAGAAGUUAGCACAGACAACUGGUCUCCCUGGAAUCUUAAGAUGACGGUAAAAGGACGUAACAAGAUGGAUCCUCUGGACACCAGACCUGGUAUGGAUAUAAAGAUCGAAGCAGACGAUAUACUAAACCUUACCGUUACAAAGUCAUUUCUCAGCUUGUUGAACAAAGUCUCUGAGACCUUUGCUCAUGCUGCAAAUCAAAUCAGCCCCCCAACCACUCGCCAGCUUCCUGGAAGCUCUGCUUUCCUUGUUCUCAAUGAGACUGGUAUAAUCAUUAAGAUGACCGAUACUGAUACUUUACAGGUGAGCGAGAAUGGAGAAGAGCUAGAAGCACCUCAUGGUCGAUUCAUAGAUUUACGGAUGAACAAAGAAGCAGCUGCGAGGGCUGCAGAGUCGCAAGACAGGGAACGCCUUAGUAGCAACCAAGUGGAGCUAGGUGCGGAUCUGCGCAUAAAUCUUUUGGACACUGUUCGAAAUUUGAAAAUUGGUCGUGCGGGUAAGGUCGCUAUCCCUUUGCCGAAAAAGAGUGAUGGUGGAAAGCAGUGGAAGAUCAUUGCCGAUACGAGUAUUGAGAACGGCCGUCGUCUGGUAACCUUUACGUCUCAUGUUAAUGUGACAAAUCAUUUGGACGUUCCCAUGGAACUCUACUCGAAAAACAACACCAACUUAGAUUUGUUCGGAACUGUGGCUCCAGGAGAAACUUUGAAUUUGGUAGUUCCAUUGCUGUUCUCAGCCACUGGGGAG